UAAUCCGCCACGCCACCAAACCAUAUUUCAAAGUUCAAACCCAAAUUUCACCCUUCCCUCUCUCGCUUCUGAAUUCAAAAGCCCUAUAACAGUUUUCGAAAACCCAAAUUUUUGGAGCCAAACAAUUUCUACCAAAUUUUGGACCCCUCAGAAUUCAAUCCCCUCAAAACCCUGUUUCUCAUUGUCCCCAUUUCUUCACAGAUAUCCCUCACGCAAGACACAGCGUCUGAAUUAAAUCUUCAAUGGAAACCAAUGUCGCAAGAAUCUUAGAAAUCAACACUGCUCCUUCAGAUUCUAUUGCUUCCCCAGAAAUCCUUAAUGGGUCUUCACCGUUUCCUCCUGAAAUGGUUGUUUCUGAAGAAACCCUUGACGAGUCUUCGCCAUCUUUGCUUUCUGAAAGCCCAUGCGACCAUUCUUUGGCCCCUGCACCAGAUCAAAAUAGAUCUUCUCCAAAUUUAGGUAAGAAAGCCCAAGAUGACCCGUCUUUCGUCCUUUCGCCAAGAAUUCCUUCUGGGACUUCUACAAUGUUAACUCCUAUUAAUGAAACCCUAGACGGGUCUUCACCGGCGAAUGAACUGGAUGCUCUCGAUGGGUCUUCUUCUAUGCCUAUGCAAGCAGAAAUCACUAAUGAUUAUCCCAAUUUCUCUAUUCGUGGAGAUGAAGAAGCCCUAGCAGUUGACCCAUUUCCCGCUUCCCCGAAUCGCUUAUUGGGUAAUAAUUUAUUGGAUUAUUCGUCAUCACGUUGGUCUUCUUCAUAUUGUUCCUCGCCCUCAACAACUUCUUGGCCUUCAUCUGCCCCUUGGUCUUCUUCGUCUUCAUCUUCCAGAGACAUCUGGUCUACAUGGUCUUCUUCCGAAGAAACCAAGCCUUUCAUGGUGGGGGCGGGGCUUGCAAAUCUGGGCAACACAUGCUUUAUCAAUGCCGUGCUGCAAUGCUUUACGCAUACUGUGCCACUUGUCCAGGCUCUUCGUUCUUACGAUCAUACCAUGCCCUGUGUCUGUGGUAGUGAAGGGUUCUGUGCUCUGUGUUCUCUACGUGCCCAUGUUGAACGUUCAUUAGCUUCUUCUGGAGGGAUUCUUACUCCUUUGGAACUUGUUGAGAAUUUGAACUAUGUUUCAUCUUGUUUCCGGAGAUAUCAGCAGGAAGAUGCCCAUGAAUUUCUGCAGUGCUUCUUAGAUAAACUUGAGAGAUGUUGCUUGGAUUUGAAGGGAAAGGAUCUAUCAUCACAAGGUAAUAACCUUGUUGAGAAGGUUUUUGGUGGCCGUCUUGUUAGCAAGCUUCGAUGCUGUAAUUGUGGACACUCUUCUGACACAUAUGAACCUCUGAUAGACUUGAGUUUGGAGAUUGAAGAUGUGGACACCCUUCCAAGUGCUCUUGAAUCUUUUACAAAGGUGGAAAGGAUUGAAGAUUCAGGGGCAAAGUUUAUGUGUGAGAACUGCAAGGAAGAAGUGUUGGUGGAGAAGCAGUUUAUGCUGGAGCAGGCUCCUUCAGUUGCUGCAUUCCACUUGAAAAGAUUCAAGACAGAUGGACCAUUUGUCGAGAAAGUUGACAAGCAUGUGGAAUUCCCUUUGGAGUUGGAUUUGCAGCCAUACAGCACUGGAAGCCAAAACAACAGUGUGGAACUGAAGUAUAACCUGUAUGCAAUUAUUGUACAUAUUGGGUUCUCAUCUACUUCUGGGCAUUACUUCUGCUUUAUUCGGUCCUCUCCAGAGACAUGGUACUGCUUGGAUGACUCAAAGGUCACUAGUGUAGAAGAAGAGUUUGUACUAUCUCAGGAGGCCUACAUUCUGUUUUAUGCAAGGCAGGGUACACCCUGGUUUUCGAGUAUAAUAGAUGUACAUAAGCCAUGCUUGGAUCCAAACAUAUUGAAUACAUCUCCUAAGUCAGUUCUAGACAGUGCGGAAGGUGCUAGUACUUCGUAUCCUAGUGUGGCUUGCAUUGAUAAUUGUGAUACCAGUGUCUCCUGUAAAAAAGGAGAUGAAGGGGUUGAGAUCAAUGGAGCUAGAGAUGCAGCUACUGGGAAUACUGUACAAUUGUUAAACCAAGAUGAACUUGGGUCCAAAGAUUCUAAAGAUGAUAGACUCAUGGAUAACUCUUCAACACCACUUGGGGACAGUAAAUUUUGUGAUGUGACUUCAUACAAUGAGAAAAUGAGCACCACAUCCACUGUUGGGGUAAGUAACAGCACGAUUGAUGAAAUUAAAGAUGAUGGUUUUCAUCCUCUAACGCCGCCCGGAUCUCCAAGUCCAGAUAAAGUUUCCUUUGAAUCUUCAGAGGUGAGGUAUCAGAUUCCCCGCAAUCAUCUUAAAUUGGAGAAGCGAGUUAGUGGUAAGAAACAGUUGAACAAGGAAAGAGAACUAGAAGAUUCAAAGAGCAAGGAAGCUUUGAGAUACCUUUCGAAGUGUGCGCACUCCUCUGAGAGGCGCAAUAAAUUUAUUGCUGCCAUUACUGAAAACCAGAGUGAAGGCUCUCUAAACAAGAGGAAAAGAAUGGUAUCGGCCCCGUGUAAGAACAGCCCUCCCAGAGCUCGCCGUAGGCCCAAUCACAAUGCUAUUGUCCAGCCUAUGGCAACGGCAAUUUCUCGCUGAAUGGGGAGAUUUUGCUAAACAAACCUGGCUAAAUUUGAACAGUGCAAAUAUAUUAAGAGUCAAUGCUGACCUUGUUUUGAUAAGACUGGGUAUGGCCCUUUGAAAGUGUUUACCAUGAAAUGUAAAGUUCUUGAGGUCUUAAUUUACUAUAGUGCUUUUAGAAUCGGUAUAAGAAAGGCAUUUUUGAGCACAUGAUGCUUUGUGGACUGUACACGCUUUGCUCAAGAGGUUUAAAUUUGAGAAA